ACCACUUAGCUACAGCUCUGGUCUACAUUUUUUGAGAGGAAAUAACUUUUAAAAAUCUAGCUAUUACUGUCUGAUAAGUCAGUAACAAUAGACAGGAAGUUAAGCAUCAUGCUGUAAUUACAGGAUGAUUGUGUGUUCCUGUGUGUGUGUGUGUGCAUGUUGUGUGAGUGUAUGUAUGUGUGAUUUGCAUGUGAGUGUGUGUGUAUGUGUUGUGUAAGUGUAUGUAUAUGUGUAUGUGUGUGUAUAUGUGCAUGUGUGUGAAUGUGCACUUGUAUGUUGUGAGCAUAUAUGUAUGUAUGUGAGUGUAUGUGUGCAUGUGUGUGUGUUGUGUGAGUGUAUAUGUGUGUAUAUGUGCAUGUGUGUGAAUGUGUGCUUGUGUGUGUUGUGAGCAUAUAUGUGUGUAUGCAUAUGUGUUUGUGUGUUGUGUAAGCAUGUGUGUGUGUGUGUGUGUGUGUGUGUGUCUGUGUCUAUGUCUGUGUCGCUGGGGAUGGAACCCAGAGCUUUCUGCAUGCCAAGCCUGGUUUUCCAGUCUGACCUUAGAUGAGCCUAAGCAUGAGGUCUUUUGCAUUCCCUCUUCACACUUCUCACGGUGGCUUUGCAGAGUGCCCGCUAUUAGUCCCAUGAAUUCAGGUGGAAAACAAUUGAGGUCCAGAAGAGACUGAAUUGUGUCAGGGCUUUAGAAGCUUUCAGUGGCAAAGCCCUCUGCAAUCAGACCCCUACCUUCUGACCAUAGGCACAGUUUGUGUCUGCAUUAUGGCUCCGCACAUAUUGAAUUAAUCAGCCACAAAUUCUUUCCCUUCUACAUUUCACAUUAAAAGUCUGAAAAGAGACACGCUUCUAUAUCACAAGACAUCCAGCUUUUGCCUCUGACUCUUACAGAACUUCUAAUGGAGCCCGUGUCUACUUAGGGGAAGCAUGGCUCUAGAUCUCAGCCUUUGCCCACUGCCACGCUUCUCCAGAUCGGCCUUCCGACUGCUAAUUGCACUUUGAAAGUAAGUCUUCCUUGGGGAAAUGGAUGGAAGUUUGAGCUGAGACACAAACAGGAAGACAGUGAGGCAGCGUUUGUCUGGCAAGCACAACCUCCUUAAAUAGCUGAAGCAAGAAUCAGUCGUCCACAGAGCCCAGAGACACCACUGUCCUUUGUUCCUAGGCCACAGGGUCCAGCCCUGCUGGUUCUGUGGGCACAGGGCAGCACUUGGUGGCGUGUGGUGAAGGCUGGCUGGAGAUGGCUUCUCUGCCUCCAGGUCAUGAGGGCACAGCAUGGUAGAGCUGGACCCUGCCUCUCUCAGAGUGCUGUCCAAGAGAUUUUGCCCUGCUGACCGAAAAUCCAUUCCUCGCUGCCGGAGAAUCAACAGGAUGCUCUCCAAUGAAUCCCUCCAUCCCCCCACCUUUAGUCGCUCCAACUCUCAAGCCUCUGUCGACAGCAGCACAUCUGUGGAGGAGUUCUGGAAGGAAAUCUCGAGUAUCAAAGAGAGCAGCAUAGGGGGACAGGAGGAGCAGUCGCCCACUGCCCCCACUGAGGUCAAACCUGUGGAUGAAGGAGAACUUGAAGCAGAGUGGCUACAAGAUGUGGGAUUGUCGACCCUGAUCUCCGGUGACGAAGAGGAAGACGGUAAAGCCCUCCUGUCCACGUUGACUCGGACACAAGCAGCUGCAGUGAAGAAGAGAUACAACACGUACACCCAGACUCUGAGGAAAAAGAACAAGCAAGCCAUCAGGGAUGUCAGAGACGUCUUUGGAGUCAGCGAAUCUCCUCCUAGUGAUUCUUGUGAGCACGCUACUCAGUUGGACAGUACCAAGGAAGAGAAGGAUCUGCCAGGCGUUACCAAGACAAGCAGACCUCUGCCAGACGAUGCUUCUCUCAAUAGUACUACCCUAUCCAACGGUGCCCAGGAUGAAGAAGGUGGUUUUGUGGCCCUCCAGAGUGGUUCCGUGUCAAUACUUGAGGCUAUCCCAGAUAUUCCCGUUCAUACCAAUGGAUCUGCAGACACUGAGCAGUCGGUUCAGCGUGGGCUGAGUGAUGAUGAUUAUCUAGAGAAGAACAUUCCACCAGAGGCUGAAGAGCUAUCCUUUGAGGUGUCUUACUCAGAAGUGGUGACAGAGACCCCAGACAGAAAUAAAUGGAAGAAGUCAGACAUUAAGAAAGAAGACUAUGUCUUACCUAAAUUUAUUGUUCAGAAAACGAGAUUUGGGUUGACCGAGACGGGGGACCUGUCUGCCGAAGACAUGAAGAAAAUCCGCCAUCUUUCUCUGAUUGAGCUGACGGCCUUCUUCGAUGCUUUCCGGAUACAACUGAAGAGAAACAAAACAGAGAGAGUGAGAGGCCGAGACAACGGGAUUUUCGGAGUGCCACUUACAGUCCUCCUGGACAAUGACCGGAAGAAGGACCCUGCCGUGAAAGUUCCCCUUGUGUUACAAAAAUUUUUUCAGAAAGUGGAGGAAUCAGGUCUGGAAUCGGAAGGAAUCUUUCGACUGUCUGGAUGUACUGCCAAAGUCAAGCAGUACCGUGAAGAACUGGAUGCCAGGUUCAACACUGAUAAGUUCAAAUGGGACAAAAUGUGUCACAGAGAAGCCGCGGUCAUGUUGAAAGCAUUCUUCAGAGAACUGCCCACCUCUCUCUUCCCCAUUGAAUAUAUCCCUGCCUUCAUCUCUCUGAUGGAAAGAGGACCUGACAUCAAAGUGCAGUUUCAAGCCUUACACCUCAUGGUCAUGGCCCUGCCUGAUGCCAACAGGGACACAGCCCAGGCUCUGAUGACAUUCUUCAAUAAAGUGAUCGCCAAUGAAUCCAAGAACCGCAUGAGCCUGUGGAACAUUUCCACGGUGAUGGCGCCCAACCUGUUCUUCAGCAGAAGCAAGCACUCCGACUGUGAGGAACUGCUGGUGGCCAACACUGCAGCCCACAUCAUCCGCCUGAUGCUGACGUACCAGAAAAUUCUGUGGAAGGUCCCAUCUUUCUUGAUCACCCAAGUCAGAAGGAUGAAUGAAGCCACCAUGCUGUUGAAGAAGCAGCUCCCAAGUAUGAGGAAGCUACUCAGGAGAAAGACCCUAGAGCGGGAGGUUUCAAACCCCAAGACCUCAAAGGUACCACAAAAAUCACCUUCCUCAAGAAGAAUGUCUGAUGUGCCAGAAGGUGUCAUAAGGGUCCACGCUCCACUUCUGUCCAAAGUGUCCAUGGCCAUUCAGCUCAACAGUCAGACCAAAGCCAAAGAUAUCCUGGCGAAGUUUCAGUAUGAGAACAGCCACGCUUCAUCUGACCGUAUUAAGAUGCAGAACCAAAGGUUAUACGAAGUUGGAGGAAAUAUAGGACAACACUGCUUAGACCCUGAUGCAUAUAUAUUGGAUGUGUAUCAUGUAAAUCCUCAUGCAGAAUGGGUCAUCAAGCCCUAGACACGCCUUUAAAAUAUGCCCAGGAUGGUUCCUGCCUUGUAUUAUAUGCCAAGAAGAUCCCACAUUUGUGGGGGAGAGCACUGCCCUGAAGUAUUUGCUCCUGUAACCCUGGUUCUCCUGGAAGGGUGCUGUUGCCAGCUCCUGCCAUACGAACCACAGAGUGAGGAGCUGGUCCACCCUGAGCUCAACCCUCCUGUCACAGUUUCCCAUAAGAAGGUGGGGCCCAAAGGAAAGGCCAGCGCUACUCACCGAGGAGCUAUCUGUGUAGCAGAAAUAGACUUGGCCCUGCAGCUGGGAAGAGGCUCCACUUCUGAUGUGAAACAUACAAUAUUUAUGCUCUGACUUGCUCCUGAAUUGGAGGAGGGCCAUCAGUGUAAAGACGGCUGAGGAUCAUUUCAUACUGCACAGCACACUCUGAGAACGUGCUCGCACUGUGGUGCAAAGGAAAUUUCCCCAAGCCCUGAGGGUCCAGAUGCUACUUUAUGACUCCAUGUUUCACCGGUACUCAUUGCCAAGCCCCGUUUGGCAAAGGCCAUCUUGUGCAUCGAGAGCUUCCCUGUGGUCCACAGCCAUGGUGUCUUUCUUUUUCCCUCUCAGUUAUGGUGCUCCUUGAAUAAAUUGCCUUUCACGAGUCAGCAUGGAUUUCCUUUAUAGAUCAAAUGCAUUGUCUUUUUUUUUUAACAUUUCACAGCUCUAGCCACAUCUGCAGCCCCCAAACCAAAAAAUACAGAAGUGUGUUUACCCAUAAGCACUGAAAAAUGCCGCUAGACCUAGAAUUUAUAAGUUGCAAAAAUUCCUUGUGCUUUUUGAUCAUUAGCCAGAGAUGCGACCAAGCACUGUGGAUUGGCCCUGUGCUGUGGAAGCUGGAGACCACCUUAUGUCCGCAUCUUGUACACCCAAUGUCUAGAUGUGCAGUGGGAGACAUUCAGUCCUCGUGGUUCUAACAGGAACAAAUCCAAAAUGUCCCGAGGGACAGGACAGCUCCGCCUUUCAUCUCAGAGAUUGGAGUUAGAGUCCUCAUUCAUCCAAGACCAUGGGCCUCAUCUUGGACUCCACAGGCUGAACACUGAUGGACUUAACAGCGGUUACAACAUUUAAGACUGGUGCGGCUGUCGGUCAGUUCGAACAAAGCUGAGUUACAAACCCAGAACUGUUCCCUUACCUACAUACCCUGUGUCCGGAUGUAAUGCAAGGACACUGAACGUGCAUGUGCAGAGAUCUAUGCUGUGCUCUGCCUGAUGCUGAAACAAAACACUUCACUCCCUUGGUUAGAUCAUCUGAUUGUGGAAGCAAAGCACUCUUUAUACCCAGCGGGCAGAUCGUCAUAAUUUCCAACCUUCAGGAGUUUGUUGCACUUUUCUAGAAACCAAAAAAAAAACCAGUUCGUUUGAAAACCCCUGAAGAGCCCACUAUCAACUAAGCCUGUAUGCAGAGGUUUCUGUGUGCCCCAGUGCUUGACCAGUGUCUAGCCUGCCCAGUGGGCCAGGAAGUAGGUUCCACAAGCACAUUAUCAUGUUUCAGUGCAAGCAGUGAGGGAACAUAUCACUUUGUAUGACUGCUGGGUCCGAGGGCAUCACUGGCAGGAAUCCCUGCCCUGGCGUAGGAGCCAUCCUUCUAGAACAUUGUUAUGCUUCCAUGAGUUUCUUUGCAUUAGGGUCUUCCAGUCCUGUCAUAUUUACAUAGGAGAUGCACUCCUUUCAAGAGUUUCCAUUUCAUUUGACUGGAUACACCUUAGGACCUAUGCAUUAGCAGGCAGUGCCACAUGAGGCUGGGCACUUCAGACCCACUUUUGUGUAGCUCCAGUUGCAAAGCCUUAGCGGUAAGUUGGGAUUAUUUAUUUAAGCUUAUUCAGGAGUGUGACAACUUCCAAAUAACUGUGUCCCAUGAAGGACAAUGUUCAUAUCAAGGUCAGUGCUGGCUGUGACUUUUUGUUCUCCGUCUCAUAGUUAUGGACUAGAGAAGUUUUAAUAGACUCGUGAACUAAUGUUUGCGUGGUUAUGGGGUUUCUUUUAUUAAUUGUACCCUGGAAGAAUAAACUUUCAAUUAAAUCUAAGACGCCAGCCACCUAAGUAUUGAAAGAACUUUUGGCCUUUUUAAGAGUUGGUUUACAAAAGUUGAGUAGCCAGACCGUUACAAUGUUUAACAUUGUUAACACUGCCAAAAUGUUAAGCAGUCGUUAAGUAGUAUCAUUCAGGAAAGUACUAAAGGAAAUGACUUGUGGGACACACAUUCAGGAAGACUCCUACAACUGCCUUAGUUCCCAGCAUACCUCCUGAGAGGCCCUUCCUGAGACAGCUCAACUGGGACGUGGUUCUAGCCAGUGCUUGGACAACCUGGAAUGCGGAUUCCUUACGAUGUAUGUGCACUAUAAACUACCUCACCAGCCUUUCUGAGGGAAAGCAAUCAAGUGGACUUUAACUUCUUUUGUUUGUCUGUUCCGCUGUCCCUGGGUCUUACUUCAAGUCACUGCAGUUAGUUCUUAGUGUGUGUUUUCAUCAUAUGUCAUUCACGAUGUAAAUUAGUUUUAGCAAAAGCAUUUAGACAAAAAUACCCUGGAAGUGUGCCCUGCGCUGUGCUCCGAGAGAGUCUGUGUGUGUCCCUGAUGGGUUGCUUGUGUUUCUAACCAUGCAGGGACACAGGUUGUUGGGAACUGGUGUUCAUCUUUUCUGACAGUGUUGCCACGCUGUCUGUGGAUUUUAUUUGACUGAAAACCGAGGAGACGAAAAUGUCUCUUUCUCUAGCAAGUGUGUUUUAACUCUUUUUUCAUGUGUAUGUCUGACUUGCCUGGAAAGACUGUGCGUUAGGGGAUUGAACACUCCUCUUGACAGGCAUUUUCAACUAUUUUCCAUAAAUAUGUCAUUUAAUAAAAAGUAAUAUGACACGGGA